CUCUGGUGUCAGGUACCGGGCAUGGUUUGAGGUGUGUUGCCCAGGACACGGAUGGUUGUCAUCACAGAAGACACCCAGCAACACCCAGCAACACCCAUUUCUCCUGCUGCUCCUUGGGGCCAAACCCAAGGGUAGGCUUCAUGCCUCCCGGGGGUGGGGAAGGCCUGGCACUUGUGUCACCACCAAAUGAGUCAGUGAGUUGGCCAUGAUUUCCACAAGAGUGAUGGACAUUAAGCUUCGGGAGGCCGCAGAAGGCCUUGGAGAAGACAGCACAGGAAAGAAAAAAUCCAAGUUCAAAACGUUUAAGAAGUUCUUCGGGAAGAAGAAGAGAAAGGAGUCACCCUCGUCCACAGGAAGUAGCACCUGGAAACAAAGUCAGGCGAAGAGCGAGGUCAUCCCCAUCGAGGCUGGGCCAGUGGGCUACGACUCAGAGGAUGAGCUGGAGGAGUCCAGGGGCACACUGGGCAGCCGGGCCCUUUCACAUGACAGCAUUUUUAUCCCAGAGUCUGGACAAGACCCGGCUCGACCUGUGCGGGUGUUUUCCCAGGAAAAUGUGUGUGACCGCAUUAAAGCUCUGCAGUUAAAAAUACAGUGUAACGUGAAGAUGGGACCACCACCUCCCCCAGGGAGUCUUCCUGCCAAGCGGGGCGAUGACGCCGGCAUGAGCUCUGAGGAUGACGGGCUGCCCAGGAGCCCCCCUGAGAUGUCUCUACUGCAUGAUGUUGGUGCUGGCACCACCAUAAAGGCAAGUGUGAUCUGCUCCAUCCAUGCGAGUGAGGCCAGCAUCUCCCUAAGGACCUUGGACAGCAGCAUGGCACCCCUGGCUGAUUUUGAUUACCCCCCGGAAUUCUCUUCCUGCCUGGACAACUCUGCUGCUAAGCACAAGCUCCUGGUUAAGCCCCGCAACCAGCGGUCAAGUAAAAUGAGGCGACUGUCUUCGCGAGCACAGUCUGAAUCCUUGAGUGACCUGACAUGCACCCCAGAGGAGGAGGAAUAUGAUGAGAAGCCAUUAUUGCAAGCCAGUGCAGAAGAAAAGCCCAGUUCCGGACAGCAGGAUGUGGUGCUAGAGAGGGGCCCGGCGCCUGGGGAAGCAGUGACUGCGCUGCUGCCCAUGGGGCCCCGGGCUAGAAGAGCACGCCUGCAGCACUGCCCAGCUCUCAGUGCCAGUGCUGAGGAGGAGGGCAUCCUUGAGGUCAGCCCCUCCAGCCGCCCGGCCACUCCAGAGCCCUCUGAGCCUGGGGGUCUCUGCUCGGAGUCUUCAUCUCUUCCAGAAGGCUCCCUGCACCCUCAUCCUGACAGUGAAAAUCAGAGGGAGGAGCUGCCCCUUGAAACCACAUGUUCCCCAGCUGGGGAGACAGUUGAUGAAGUGGCUUGUGCUUCUGGAGACGUUGAGAGUCGGUCCUCCCCCUGCAUCCCUGAAGGGGACAUGACACCUCCCAAGAGUGGUUCCACCACCACCUUAGAGAUUUCCUCUGGUCCAGACAUGCCAGACCAAAAUGUCCAGAAGGAGGAGGAGCUGACUCUGGAAGUACCCGGUCCCACAGGAACAGAAAAAGAACCCUCUGUGGCCCCAGCCCAGAGCCCAGCAGUUCCCAAGAGCUGCUUGAAGCACAAGACUGUGGCCGUGACCGUGAGCCUCAGCGCAUCUCCCACACCUCCUACCUUAGAAUCCCCAGCAGAGGAGCCCACUCCCUGUCCCCUGGACAAAGAGGCCACCCCCCCAGAGUCCUCCAAGGAUGAGCAGACAGAAUCCCCCAAGACUGAGCAGGUAGAGUCCCCUCAAGAAGGACCUGAGAGGGUGACCCCAGAGCCAAAAGUGGAAAGAGGGGCCCGUGAGCUGCGAAGUAUGAAAAAAUUUUCUGUGUCCUCAGGCCGGGUAAGGCUGCACACUGGCAGUGCCCACAUGCUGGAGCCCUCGGGCCCCUCUGCUGUCCGACUGCCCCUCGUCCAUAGCAGCCUGGCCUGGAGGAGCGAGGCAGCACUUGACGACCUUCGGGUACUUCCAGAACCCCAGGACAGGAAGCUGGCCCCUCAGAAGCCACCCUCACCAGCUGAGAGCAGCCCUCAGAACUCAGGAGAUAAGGUGGCCAGCCAGCCCGGGCCAGGCAGGAACCCCCGAGAUGCAGGGUCCACGCCAGGCUCAAGAGACCCGUGCCCAGCUGCUCAGGAGCCGCCCCCAUGUGAGGAUAGAAGUCCCUUCCCUGUCAAGCUGCGGUCCACCUCUCUCUCUUUCAAGCACAGAGAUGUGUCUUCUCCAGAGGUAAAAGGGGUAAAGAGAUACAGUGCUGAGGUCAGGUUAGAAAAAGGAGGACUGGCUUUGCUCUCAAAAGACGAGAAAUGCCAGAUGGGAACAGCUCCAGCCACUCGAGGUGCCAGAUCCCCGAACGACCAAAGAAAGGGAAAGCCAGUCCGGCCAUCGGAGCCACACAGCUCCAAACCACCCCUGCCUAGAAAGCCACUUCUGCAGGCCCUCACCCUCCCACAAAUGCCAACACCCCCUGACACGAGCUCAGAAGAGCCACCAGAGAAAGUCACACCGCCGCCAGACCCCAGAAAGGAGAGUCGGACAGCAGAGAAGAAGUCACCACACAGGGGAACUGAGAAGGGUCUGCCUCCUGCAGCCGCAGGCCCCGGCGCCGACAGCCCACCUGCGCCUCCGUGGAUCACCAUCACCCGGCAGAAGCGGAGAGGGGCCCCAGACCAGCCACCGGACCAGGAAGAAAAGCCUGGGGUGAGGCCCCUGAGGUCUGAACUGGGGAAGCAAGCCAAGGUGCCCGAGAGAGCCCAGGAGCCCAUGAAGCAAGCUGAUUUUGUUCGAAGCAAGUCUUUCCUGAUCACUCCUGCUAAGCCCGCCGGGGACCGGGGGCAGGGGACGAAGAUUCGCCUCCAGGAGGGGCUGCAAAGAGGGAUCUCCUUGUCUCAUCAGAACUUGGCGGCUCAGACUGCCGUGAUGACAGAGAAAGAAUUACAUCAGCUGAAGAGAGCCAGUUAUGCUAGUACAGAUCAGCCAUCCUGGAUGGAACUUGCCAGAAAGAAAUCUCAAGCUUGGAGUGACAUGCCUCAAAUUAUAAAAUAAGUUGACCAUGUACUAAUAAAGAAUGUCCACCUCCUUGAUGGUUAAGCUACUUAAAAACUGCCGCUAAAUCAGGGCAACUGAAUGUGAAAUACAAGAGUGACUUUAUCAUCAAGUGAGGGGAGGGCAAGCUAGGAGAAGAGGAAGAAACCAGGUAAACAAGGAAGACAGACUCUCAGCCACAACCCUGGGCCAGAGGCUGCACACAAGAACACCAUUGAAAAGGGCCAGGGACAAGGUCCUGUGCUAAGAGGUAUGAAUGUGAGGCUUUCAGAAUUCCCCUGAUGAAGAGGGCUUGGCCGAGGAAGAAAAUGAAACGUGGAUGCAUAAACAGGACACUGUCGAAAGCCCAGAAGAGAAGCAGCUCCAGGGGGUGUCGGUCUGUACUUCCACGUGAGAGCAGCUUGUGUCUCUGGUCACUGUCUGGCCUGGAGCCUGUGUUCUCCUUUCACGUUAAGGGUAAAGGGUGACAUUUAGGGUAAAACAGGGAUGCCGUUUCCAAGAGCAGCUAUAAAAAAAUCAGUUUUCCCGAGGAUAGCCACUCUAAGAAGGAGCUGAAGGAACACAGCAGGGUCCGUCAAUUCAGAGACUGUUCCCAAAAAUAAUUUUUAAACUUUUCCACGAGGCAUCUGUGUC